AUGAGCGAAGGGGAAUCACAUACGACAACAGAAACUCAUCAUUUCAUACAAAAGGCGAAAGGCAUCAUUAUAGACGUUUGUCACCGUCUUUUUUAUUUUAAGAUUUCAUGUUUCAGGACUACGCAAAUGAACUCUUCGAAAAUCGAGCUUCGUCAUCAAGUUUCUACGAAGAAGGUUUCUCCCAGUUGAUUUCAAAUUCCACGACAAAGUUGCUGUUUGACUUGCCUCCGCUGGUUACUGACAAAAUAUUCUCCUAUUUAACAUACGACGAUAUCGCUAAAACUAGAAUGGUACUGGCUUAACAAAAUAAAUCAUUCACCCUGAUUGCCAUGUUGAGGUGAGCACCAGGUUCAAUGACUAUGCGAAAAACGCACUCAACAGAGGUUUCAACAGACUUGGGGCUUCUCUAGAAAGCGCCAAGGCCGCCGUGAAGCGAGAACUCCCUCGCCGCGAGUCUCAAAGAAGGUAUCUGAAUGAAAAAAAAAUCUCAAAAUUUGCCAAGAUGAUCAACACACUUUUUUUCACAUCGCAAAAUAAACAUUUUCUUCAAUAAUUUUAUAAUGGUUUUAGUCCUGGCUUUCAACGAUAUAAUAUAUACUUUUUGUUUUAUUGUUUCACCUUUAUGAUUCACAAAACGCAUUCUGAAAACAUGAAAAAAAAAACUUAUAGAACACAUCGAUUAGCAAAGUUGAACGAGGUUUACGCUGCUCUUGACACUCGCUACGCUCUUCUCACUAUGACAUACAAGAAGUUUAUGUCGCAUUUGAACCCGAUGCUCAACACCUGCUUUAUUCCCGGCAAGGUGACGAUAAAGAAAUCGCCUCCUUUCUCAAAAUUUUAUUUUGAGGUACUGGACGAGUUUUUCCGGGUGAUGAACAUUCUGCAACGCUGCAAAAGCAGUGGCGGACAGUUCACAGGGGAUAUUACGGAGAUUCUGAAGGACGUUCGAGACUUGUCGAGGUGAGAGUUCAUCUUGGAAUAGAUACACGACGAAAAUUCAGUAUGGCUAUGGAACACUACGAAGAACAGGUCCAGCCAGGGCUGGAAAACGCUGCCGAGGAGGAAGGCGUUUCUGCGGGUUACUUCGGAAACCGCUCGGUGUCCAGGACUCCGGUCAUUUCCAUACCAAGCAUCCGCUCGGUCGACGGGACGCCUCGUCAGAACAAGUAGACUGCAACCCCGUCUGUUCAGAGUGAAAGAAGAAGUUCAGCGCAAGCGACCGACAUGGCUCGCCAGUUCUCCGGGACUUUCGAAAAACCAUCGAAGACAAGGUCGACGCGCUGCAGAAAAAAGUCCGCAGCCAGGACCGGGUCAUACAGCGCUUGGAGCAGACCACCACCGCCCUCUUCUCGUUCCUCGAAAAAGUAGAUUGCUCUUUUUCUUCGGCUAGCUGAGUUGAUCAACUUUUUUUUUCUCGUAUGUUUCACAGCUGCGUAAUUCAGUAGGCAGAUUCAGACGAGAACAUUAUUUUUCAUUUUAAAGCUUUUAGGUGUGUCCGAAUAACUCCCAGGAGCUCGAAGAAUUGAAACAAGAGUUGCACAUAGCAGAAGAAAGCGGAGACGAGGUUUUUUUUUCCAGUUAUUUCUUGUAAAUUUUGCGCGGACAUUUGAAGGGAUCUUUUUCUCCAUGGAGCGAAGAAGCAGAAACAACGUCACAGAAACGACACAAACGGAUUUUCGAAGACUGUGAAGGCUGCUCAACGCCCAAAAAGAAGCGGACGGAGUAA